AUGAAAGGGAUCCUCCGGAUGUCUGUUGAUUCGCUGCCUCAUUUCAGACUUGGUGAACUCACAUGUCUGGCAGACCCUCAGGACCUGGAGGCCUACCGAGGAACCGAGUCCUUCCCGGUCAUCUCAGCUAUUCUCAUGAACUGCACACGAGACGGGAACAGUCUGCCGAGCUCUCUGACUUCUAAUGUAUUACUGAACGACGAUCAGCUGAAGGUCCCGUCCCUGCUCAGUCCUGAGCGAUUGUCCGAGAUCGCUCACCUUCUCCCAUCACUAGGCCUUCCUGCCCUGGAAGACUUGACGGCUUCUCAGAUCAACUCCGCUCUCCAUGCUCUCCGUACCGUCAGCUUCAGCCCGGCGCAGGCUUAUGUCAUCACAGAGAAGUUGUCCUCCCUCUAUUCACUGAACGGAGUGGGGCGGUUGCGGGAGCUGGGCACGCUGGUGGUGGGCGUGAAGACAGAGUCGUUGCUGACUCUGACGGCAGACUGGCUGCUGUCGUCGCUGCCGGACAUUGCUCAGCAUGAGCUGUGCUCCUACCACCCACAAGCGAACGCUAUCACGACGAAGCUAUGGGGUUUUCCAGAGGUGGUCAGCUGGUUGGACGAUGUUGAGCUUCUGCUCGAUUGCACACCGCUGCUCAGUGUGUCUUCGAGAAUUCCGCUGCUGGUCACCGACAUCGCUGCCGCAAGUGCUGAACCCUGGAACACUCAGCAGGCGAAAGCCAUUUUCAAGCAGUUGGAAAUGGGACAGAGUCUUUCAAGGACAGAGCCAAGCCAAAAAGUGGAUAUACUGAGUCUAGGGACAUUGGGACAGGGGGUGAGCUGCAAGGUCCUGCAGGAGACACUGAGGGCCGAUCCGUCACUCUCAGCCACGAGGAGAGUUUUGGCAUUUCUCCGGCAGCAGCCCCGUCCUCUGCACACAUCCCUGAAAAAAUGCAUCAUUGAGGAGCUCUAUCAGUUUGAGUUCUUCUCGGAGCUUCUGGAAGACCUGGGAGCAGAGAUUGCGCUCUCCAUGCCCGUGAGCACCAUCAAAAAGUUCACUCAUGAGAUGAUGGACACAUUUCGAAGGAUGAUUCUGGAGUUUCCACUUCAGUUUAUGAUCCAGUCCAAAACCAAAAAGGAGCUCUUGGUGGACAAGAUGGUCCAGAGGAUGGGCAUGUACACUGGAGUGUUCACCAAGGAGGAGUUCCUGUCUCUGGGGAUCAUGGCCACGUUUGUGGUGGACGAGGUCUUCAUCCAUUUGGACCGGGAAUUCUUCAUCAACAAUCUGGACUCACUGCAGCAGCUGUGCUACACCACCAACAAGAUGGACAUAAUCGCUCGGAUCCUGCAGGAGGGUUCAACCUUUGGAUUAGUCCAGAAGUGGAACUCCACCACACUGACUCAGGUGGGCAGGUUCCUCUUCUUCCUGCCAGAGGACAGGCUGCAGGAGAUUUCGUCGGAUCUGAUGACCGUGGCCCGUGUGGAGAGGCUGUUCAUGAGCCAGCGUCAGUGGGAGCGUGGAGAUGUUGGCAGACACUGUUUAGACGACAACGACAGAAGGCGCUUCGCUGAGAAGCAGCACUACGUGCUCCAGUAUUUCCUGGGCUUCCUCAGAAUUAAUCCGUUUUUACCUCCUCCGAUGGUUCCGACCAGUCAGAUCCUUCGCACCACCGCUCCGUCCGCUUGGCCGUCUGGCAGUUUGAUCAGCAUGUCCCCGUCGGACUUCUACACCUCUCUGGAGCUGAUGGGUCAGGACCCGUUUCUUGCAUCGUAUCAACGCAGCCAGAUUUUCAGUAAAGUCAAAGAACUCUUCGGCCCUGUUUCCUCCUUCUCCCAGUCCCUGAUCUCUCAGCUGGGCGGAUUGGCAGUGGAAAUGUCCGCCGAGGAAAUGAGGAGUCUGAAACUGACGGAGCGCAGGAGCAUCGCCUCUUUGGGCGCCAUCAGCUCCCUCGACAAGAGACAGCUCUCUUCGCUCUUCACGAUCAUUUCAAACUCCUUGGACCAGAGCCCGACCCAGUUUGACUCCAGCUUGCUGGUUGCCAUGGGAUACAUCGUGUGCGGCGCGGAGACGGCCGAGCUGAUCUCCUUCAACGCGGUGGAAUUCAGUAAGGCGGUGCAGUGGCUGGGUCAGCUGAGGCUGGCCUGCUCCGAGGAGCAGCUGGAAGCGCUUGUUGGCCUGCUGACCCACAGCCUGGCUUUUGGGCCAGUCAGUUCCUGGGGCUCUGAUGUCUUCAUCGAGAUAGGAGUGCUGGCAGCCGGACUCCCAGAUAUGUCCAUGUCCGCCUUGGUGCGGGACCAAAUUGAAGGACUGACACCACUGGCUAUCUCCAUGAUACCCCCGGAGAAGUUUGCCGUGGUGUUUGACCAGACGCAGAUCAGCAUGUUCUCCUACGAGCAGGCGGCAGUGGUCACAGACAACCAGUUCGCCGCCCUGUCAGAGGUGCAGAAGACAGCUCUUGCCAUGGUGCUGACACCCUGGGAGGACCGGCAUGUAGACUUGAGAGGUCGGAGGUCUCUUGGUGUGGCGUUGAGCCCCAGCCUGCUGUGUGUGAUUCUGUGCUUGCUGACUCUGCUGAUGGUGAAGCCCUAUAAUAGUCCGGCACACCCGGGAUUGUGA